GACACAGUGAGCAACAUGUACUGUGCGAAAUUGAUCCUCCUAUUGGGUUGUUUUUGGAUUAGUUCGUCCGCGUCUGAUCCAGCUGAUCCGCUGCUAGUGGAUCUCCCCAAUGGCAAGCUACGCGGACGCGAUAACGGCAACUAUUAUAGCUACGAAUCGCUUCCCUACGCUGAGCCCCCAGUCGGAGAUCUAAGAUUUGAAGCCCCGCAACCGUACAAGCAGCAGUGGACGGACACUUUCGAUGCCACCCAACCACCAGUUCUGUGCAUGCAGUGGGACCAGUUCAUCCAGGGAGACGAUAAGCUCGCUGGAAAUGAGGACUGCCUGACGGUCAGCGUAUAUAGGCCGAAGAAUAGCAGUCGCAACAGCUUUCCCGUUGUGGCCCAAAUACAUGGAGGUGCCUUCAUGUUCGGCGGAGCCAGUCAAAACGGCCAUGAGAACUUUAUGCGCGAGGGAAACCUUAUUCUCGUGAAGAUAAGCUACCGCCUUGGUCCGUUGGGAUUCGUGAGCACUGGUGACGCGGAUUUGUCCGGAAACUUUGGACUGAAGGAUCAGCGCCUGGCUCUGCUCUGGAUCAAGCAGAACAUUGCCAACUUCGGUGGGGAACCAGAGAACAUUCUAGUUAUAGGUCACUCAGCGGGCGGUGGAUCCGUUCAUCUGCAGGUGCUACGUGAGGACUUCAGCAAGGUGGCAAAAGCAGCAAUCUCAUUCAGUGGCAAUGCUUUGGACCCCUGGGUGGUGCAGCAAGGAGGACGUGGACGGGCCUUUGAGCUGGGCCGCAUUGUGGGCUGUGGACAGGCAACCGACUCCGUGACCCUCAAGAAAUGUUUGAAGUCCAAGCCGGCGAGUGAAAUAGUCUCGGCGGUCCGGAGCUUCCUCGUGUUCGCAUAUGUGCCGUUUACGCCUUUCGGUCCUGUUGUAGAAUCGCCAGAUGCACCAGAAGCCUUCAUUAGCCAGCAUCCAAUCGAUAUUAUUAAGAGCGGAAAGUUUGCCCAAGUCCCUUGGGCUGUGACGUAUACCACGGAGGAUGGUGGGUACAACGCCGCUCUUUUGUUGGAAGAACAGGCGUCUUCUGGUCGGGAGUGGAUUGUGGAUCUCAAUGACCGGUGGUUUGACUGGGCUCCGUAUUUGUUGUUCUACCGGGACUCCAUGACGACCAUCAAAGAUAUGGACGAUUACUCCCGUAAACUGAGGCAGGAGUAUCUGGGAGAUCGGCGCUUCAGUGUGGAAAGCUAUUGGGACCUGCAGCGCCUUUUUACGGACGUUCUGUUUAAAAACAGCACGGAGAUUUCUUUGGAUCUCCAUCGCAAACACGGAAAGAGUCCGGUUUACGCAUUUGUCUACGACAAUCCCGCCAACACAGGAAUCGGCCAAGGGUUGGCACAGCGCACUGACAUUAAUUUUGGAACGGUGCAUGGUGAUGACUAUUUCUUGAUAUUCGAAAAUAUCGUUCGAGAGCCUCAAUUGCGAUCAGAUGAGGAAACAAUUUCACGAAAUUUCCUGAAGAUGCUGAAUGACUUUGUACUGAGCGAAAAUGGUACUCUUGCAUUUGGAGCUUGCGUUUUCCAGGAUAAUGUAGGCAGCAGCAAACUCCAACUGCUUUCCAUAACCCGAAACGGAUGCGAGAACCUGGAACUUGAGAGCUUUCCGUAAUAAAAUUUUAAAAAUUGUACAUAUUUAUUUUGAAAUACAUUUUGGACGACUCUCGUUUAAACUGCAAA